GGCAGCGAGCGAAGGCUCACUUCAGACGCGCGGCCGCGCACUCGGCCUGCCGCAGACCGAGGCUGGGCCCCGCGGCGGAGGCUGCUUCGGGGCUGCGCUGGCUGCGCGCUCUGGGAGGCGGCGAUCGCGGCUGGGCCGGGACUUCCUUCCUCCACCGCGGGACAACAAAACAAGCCGGCAGCAGGCACCGGGCUCUUGGCAACGGUUUGGGCCGGAGGCGCAGCGAUGGGCUCCGUGCUGAGCAGCGAUAGCGGAAAAUCCGCGCCCGCCUCGGCCACCCCGCGGGCCCUGGAGCGCAGGGGGGACCCCGAGCUGCCCGUCACGUCCUUCGACUGCUCCGUCUGCCUCGAGGUGUUGCACCACCCCGUCCGGACCCGCUGUGGCCACGUAUUCUGCCGUUCUUGCAUUGCUACCAGUCUCAAGAACAAUAAGUGGACCUGUCCUUACUGCCGGGCAUAUCUUCCUUCUGAAGGAGUUCCAGCAACUGAUGUAGCCAAGAAAAUGAAAUCCGAGUUCCAGAAUUGCACCGAGUGUGACACCCUGGUUUGCCUCAGUGAAAUGAGGGCACACAUAAGAACAUGUCAGAAGUACAUAGAUAAGUAUGGACCACUACAAGAACUUGGAGAGACAGCAACAAGGUGUGUAUGUCCAUUUUGUCAGAAGGAAUUGGAUGAAGACAGCUUGCUGGAUCAUUGCAUUACUCAUCACAGAUCAGAAAGGAGACCUGUGUUCUGUCCACUUUGCCGUUUAGUACCUAAUGAGAAUCCAAGCAGCUUCAAUGGCAGCUUAAUAAGACAUUUGCAAGUCAGUCACACUUUGUUUUAUGAUGAUUUCAUAGAUUUUAAUAUAAUUGAGGAAGCUCUUAUUCAAAGGGUUUUAGACCGGUCACUUCUGGAAUAUGUGAAUCACUCGAACACCACAUAAUGGUAUUAAAAGAAAAGGGAAGGAGACCGUACAAUUGCACCAUUUUUUUCAAGAUGCUGCUUGAAGAAUUGGAGGGAAACUGUCAAUGUUUGAUGGGCAAAAAAGUGUACAACCCAGUUAUAUGUUUGUCCAUGUUUAUUGUUAUACUGCAUUUUAAAACUGCUUUCAUUUUGGUGGUUUAGGUCUGUUUUACAUUCUUGAGUUUCUCAGACACUUAACAGCAAAAAAAGUCUCCAUCAGCCAUUAAUAUAUGGAAGAGAACAUAAGGCUGAGUAUGUGGGUGAAGGAUCUUUAUUUGCAAAUCAGAUGACAUUGUGUGUAAUGCUACAUAUUGAUAACUUCCCUCAUGGUUGGUCAAAAUAACUAAUCUUUGUUCUAUGGAGAGUGAAACAAAGCGUGGUCAUUCAAGGAAAUGUGAAAUCUCUUCUCGAGUUCACGUUCUAACCGCUAAUAGAAUAACAGGAAUAACCUUGUAUGGAGUAGGAAAGGAAAGUUUUGGCAGUUGACAAUGUCCAUUUAAUCAAAUUGUAUAACAUAAUACUGUAAUAAAAUAAAUUUCAUGUUAGGAAUGUAUACUUAAUGCUUUGACUUUUUAUAACUAUGCACACAUAAGAUUUUAAUAUUAUAUUUUUCAAAUAUUUGUAGCUUAUUAUUUAGAAAUAUUUCUAUAAU